UAUCCAAGUUAUUAAACAAUGUCACGUGGUAUUUUUUUUUCUAGCAUACACGUCAUUAAAGGACUUAUGAUCAUAUGUUUGCAGGACAUUCUGCUCCCAGUUAUGGAAGUUGGGAAAUGGCUUCUUUCCUUGUUGUAUUGGGAUUCCCCCAAGAAGUCGUUCUUGUUCUGCUUGUUUUUUACUUAUAUCAUCUGGCGGUAAGCUCUCAUUCUUUUGACAUUGUUCUUUACUCCUACAAUGACGGCAUAUGCUGUUGCAAAACUAAAUACUUUCGCCAUCAGUAUAUUACUUUUUAGAUGGCUGGGUGGUGCACUCCCUAGAUGAUUAGAUAUGCCAUGGCGGUACUGGGAUAUGCUGAGGGCUAAUAGAAGUGUAAUGUGGUUUAGGGUAGUUAAGCAGAAUGAAGUAUUUUUUGUUUGGCUCGCAUGUUUCAUUUUGAUGUGCAUUUGCCCCAUCCUCUUUUAAGAAUGAUAUGUAAAUGAAGGUUAGUACAUUCAGCAGCAGUAUUUGCCAACUGCCACAACAAUUAAGAACUGAGUUGAGCAGAAAGUUACAAGUGAACUGGUUGCAAAAUCUUCUGUUAUCUGAUAUCCGAGUUUGCUAGAAGUUCCGUAAUUUUUUCUUUGCUAGGAUUCCUUUAGCCAUCACAGUAGAGAUUAAGCAGCCGUAUUCUUGUCGGUAACUAAAAGGAUCUGCUUGAGUCAUUUGCUUCUCAGUCAUCAAGUCAAGUUGUGAAAACUGUCUGCUUGUUGGCCUCCUCAAAUCCUCUAUAUUUUCUCCUGUGUUCCUAGAAGUUUCUCGCUUUACUUAGCUUUGUUAUAGUUUUUCCUGUGUCAAAUCCACUAAAUGUACAUUUAUUAGUGGUAGUACUCUAAAAGCAUUCAUCAUUUUGUCUUAAAAUGUUUCUGCCUCGUGUAUGUGUGUCGAUUCUCAAAUUUGAGCUCCUCGUUGAUUAUUAAGGCAAUAUGAAAGUUGUUUAGCGAUGGAAUAGAGUGGAGAAGGAGCUGUUCGACUAACAGAGUUCUCCUGUUUCAGGGACUGGUUGGGGUAUGCUUUCGGAUUGAUGCUCGCUUCACUGGCUGUAUUCAUGUUGCUUACUCGGUUUUUCAACCAAGGCCAGCCUGUCGAUGAGCUGAAGGUAGUAGCACCACCACCUAUGAACACAAUGGAGCAGCUUCUCGCUGUCCAGAAUGCGAUUUCUCAGGUGGAGCAGCUGAUCCAGGAUGGCAACAUUGGCCUACUCAAAGUCCGGGCUUUACUACUUUCCGUGUUCCCACAAGCGAGCGAUAAAUUUGCGGCAGUGCUGCUGGGCAUGGGGUUAGUGCUGGCCAUCUUGCCAUUGAAGUACGUAGUUCUGUUGGGCUUCCUUGAGGUGUCCACAAGGUACUCGCCGGCAAGAAAAGAAAGCUCGGAGAGAUGUGCGAGGAGAAUGAGGGAAUGGUGGUUCAGCAUACCGGCGGCUCCGGUGGUACUUGACAGAGAGAAGGAUGACAAGAAAAAGAAGUAGAAGUGAAGUGAGGUGAAGCGUGGUUAGUCCUUUGUACUGAGGCUGGUGGUGCUUAUGUUGUUUGUAUUUUCUGCAUGUAUGUACAGGGACACUUGUGACGUACAAGAACAGAACCUCUCUGUGACUGUAAAUCUCACCAAGGAUAAAUGAGAGAGGGAAAGUCAUAUUUUGAGUAAGUGGUUCACACGUGUGUGUGUGUUGAUGAAUCCUGAGGUUUAGGACGCGAGACCAUAAGGAAAAGAUGACAGCAGAAGCAAAGUGAGUGAGUUGCGUGUUUGAAUGUGAAGGGAGUACAAGACGUAAAGAAGAAAUAAUAAGGGUGGAAGAAGAGUAGUUUAUUUAAGGGGCUUGCUAUUUGCCGCCAACCAAAUUGCUAUUUGCCGCCAACAAAAAAAAAAAAAAAAGAGUAUAUAUAUACAUAUUAGGGUAAGGAGUUUCACAAUCUACAACAUAUCCAACUUUCAGAGAACAUAUUGAAUCAAAAAAAUUCAACGCUCGCCGGAAAAGUCGCCGGAAAAUCAUCGGGAAAGCCUAUCCUUGACAUAUACUGCGUACACGCAUCAAUGAAUCAUCACUAAGCAGGUGCGUAAUUUUUUUGUAGUUUCGAACAAUUUUUCCGACGAUUUGAAACGAACAGACGGUGGGCCGAAAAUUUUUGGCGGCCGGAACCUGGCCGGGCCGAAAAUUUCCGGUGGCCGGAACCUGGCCGGGCCGAAAAAUCCCGGCGGCCGGAACCAGGCUGAGCCGCAAGAUAUUUUCGGCCCGGCCAGGUUCCAGCCACCGGAAAUUUUCGGCCCGGCCAGGUUCCGGCCACCGGAAAUUUUCGGCCCACAGUCUGUUUUUGCAAUUUUUCGGAAAAAUUCGAUUUUAGGAGUUGAAUUUAGAGUUUAGGAGUUGAAUUUAGAGUUUAGGAGUUGAAUAUAGCGUGUAAGAAUUG